AAUACUAUUCCGGUGUUCUUCCAAAGCAAGCGGAAAGUAAUCCUGAAUCGAUACACAUUCAUCCUGCAGUUAAAACCCUGCUACAAGGGAAGAGACCUAAGUUAGAUUCAGUGGAUUCUGUUGCAUCUGAUAAACCUAAUUUCCCAACCUAUCUACCACCAAUUAAGAAAGAAGAUCCGUUCGUAGCGCUACCGCCUCGAGCCUUCCAACAUAAACAAAAGCGUCGUAUUGUUGUUGGCAAUGUGUCUAAAUGGAUUCCUGAAAACCAAAGGGAGGGUGUAGCCACACACAAAUGGAUGGUGUAUGUGAGAGGAGAUGAAGAAAAUCCUGAUUUGCCCGAGGUUUGUCGGGUUAGGUUCUACCUGCAUCCUUCUUACAAACCUCAUCAUGAGGUAGAUGUAGACACCCCACCCUGGCAGCUUACUAGGAGGGGGUGGGGUGAGUUUCCUCUCAGAGUUCUAAUAUUUUUUGAAAAUAAUGAGAAUAGAUCUGUAGAACUGGUUCAUCAGAUAAAACUUGACAAAACGCAUUCAGGAGUUCAAAUGCUGGGUCAAGAAACUGCUGUUGAUGUUUAUCUUUACAAAUCUGAGCAGGAUAGAAAAUAAAAAGAUUUUAUUUUCAAGGUUAAAUAGUUUUUGUUUCAGAAGUAAAAUUAGGAAAAUGGCUGUUGAAGGAAAUAUUGAAGAAUUGACCAGGAGUGUUAACAAUAUUGUUCGGAGAUGCAAAACCGAGGAGUUCGGUGUUUUCAGUUAUCUAUGUCUCCGCUGUCACUUUACAUGUAAUGGACGAAAGCAGCUUGUAAAACAUUUAGGUGACGUUCAUAGCGAGGUCAUUUCGAAGCUUGCAGCUAGAUUUAGUAUGAAGGAAAACUUUCAGUCCUUGCUUAAUAAGCUUGUGAUGUCAGCCCCGUACUCUGUGAAGAAAUCUGUCAAUGCUAAGACUAAUGCAGUAAAUCCAUCAGCUCCGAACCCUUCAUUAUCUUCUUCGAAACCUCCUGCACCAACCCAACAAAAUGCUACUGAGAAUAUUGUUGAAGUUGAAGUGAAGAAUGCUGGUAAAAGAAGCCUACCAGUGACACGUGACAUGAUGAAGGUUAUAGAUGAAAGAUUGAAGACUGUAGUAGACUGUGGGGGUAUUGCAGGUCGGAUUGGUAAGCAAUUGAGAUUGGUUUACAGGAUGGAAGAUGAUAACAUAAUUUGUGAACAUUGCAAGGGAGAGAAUGGAAACGAGUUUUCAAGUGGUGAAUUAACAGCUGAUCAAAUUAUACAGCACAUGCAGAAAUAUCAUCCGGAGUUUUUGGAAAAUCUGAGACAACUAUUUCCUCAAGCACAGAAGAGACUUAGCAUUCAUAUACAGAAAGCUCUGCAACAAAAAACCAUAACAAGCUCUAAGGAGACUAAUGAAGAUAAAGUUGCAAUUAAAUACACCCUGAAACCAAGUAAAAACAGCGUUCAAAAUGGUAAAAGUCAAAAGCGAAAAUCGAGUGCGCCGUCAGAGUUAGGAAAACCAAAAAAGCUCCAUGUACAGAAAUCCAGAGACGACGGUUUCGAUGACAAGUUUAGAUACAAAGAACAACGGCUAAGGGAGAAGGAACUUGUAUCUAAACUGUCUCCAGCACAACUGAGAAAACUUGUGAUGAUCUAUUUGGAAACUCUGUGUACCCUUCCAUCUCUCUGCUCUCUCUCUUUCUUAGAUCUUCAGAAGAAAACAAAAAUUCAGGGAUCUUAUGUGGAUAUCCUGGAUUUUCUUUGUUUACUACACGAGAAGUGUGUUGGUUAUUACGAGACACUUAGCAACUCACUGAUUCCUCCCAGCAGGUCCUUAAAGAUUGGACAUGUGUUAAUAAAUUCAAGCCAAGUUAAGAUAAUCAUAGAAAAUGGCGUCCAGUCAAUCAGAGUGGGAUUGGGUGACUCAAAAAAUCUGAAAACUGUCUCAAAUUGGAAUCAUCCUGAGGAUUGGAAAGUAAUUAUUCCUCCAGGAAAAGAUCUGGGAAUAGAUUGGAAUAAAGCUCAUGAUAGCAGACUUAUUUUGGGAGCUUACAAACACAACCUGGACUUAAAUAAAAUAGUGAAAGACAGUACACUUGGUUUCAAGAAUAUAGCGGAGGAUGUGGAAGGAGAGAUAAAAGAUGCAUUUAGGGAUAGAUACGGAUAUAUGCUGAAUAUGUUUAUCUUUAAAGGAAAGUACAACAAAGAUAUUGGGUUUGAUGCAGGAAACCUUACCCCACCAUCUUUACCAAAUAUACAGGAGGAUGCUUUUGAUACUGUAACUCUAGAUGAAGAAUCCCAAAAGGUUGCCGAUGAUUCCGAAUCUGAUGUGGAGCUGGUGGACCUGGUAGACAGUGAAAGUGAGCAAAUGGCCGAGGAAGAGGACAUUGAUUCAUUGAUUGAUGGCAACGGUCUGAAGUUAGAUGAAAAUUCUGAUCGUGAUGAAAAGAACGUCGCUGAGAUUAAAACUUCAAAGAAGGUUGAAGAAUUUAUAACGAAGGAAACAGUUGUUACAGAAGUAAGUUCUGAUAAUAUAUCAUUAGAACAGUCUAGAGAUGUAUCUAGUACUGUUGAAGAUUUGGACGAUUUCGAUGUAAACAAGUCUUCAGAAGUAAAACCAGAAAAGGUAACAGAAGUAAAACCCGGUAUUAGGCUGGUAUCAGAACCUAAAAUUAGAAUAGAAACGGAACCUGAUAAUGUGCCCAAACCUGCACCUGUCACUGUACCAGAACCUGAACCUGUUUCUAAUCUUGAAACUAAACCUGAUAAUUUACCAGAGCCUAAAUCCACAUCGGAAGCAGAAUUGGAAACUGAUUCAGAGCCAAAACCAAUGCCAGAAUCCGAACCUGCGCUAGUGACUGAACCUGAGCUGGAAUAUGAAUCUGUCCUUGAACCUGAAUCUACUCUAGAACCUGAAUCUGUCCUUGAACCUAAAUCUGUACUAGAGCCUGAACCUUCACCAGAAACUCACACAGAUGCUGAACCAGGCGAAACAGAGCAUACAAACGAGAAGCUCGUAUCAGAAUCUAAACUUGAAAGUGGAAUAGUCCCCCCCGAACUUGAACCUGACUCCGCUAUACAAUAUAAAAUGGAUGUAGAGAAUGAGAAAAAUGAAUGUUCGCAAUCUGGUGAAACAACUCCACCUAGAGGAACGAGGAAGAGAAAAAAUAAUACCGCCACUCCUAGGGAUUCUGAAGAUAAUUUAGACGCGGGGGAAGAACAUGUUGAGGAAGAGGGAGAUCAUUUGAAGGAAACUAAAACUCUAAGAGGAGGGAAGGGGAAAAAUCGAGGAAGAAGUAGAGGUAGAGGUCGGGCGAAGAAACUUUGAAUUAACAAGAAGCUUUGAACUAAAUCGGUCAUGUAAUCACAGAUCAAUAAUGUCUCAGAAAUAACUGAUCGUGUCUGAAACUUGUUUAUUUACGUCUUAUAGACAUUAUUGAUGAUUUAAAUGGAAAGGUCAGAUUAGUAUUAAUAUGUUUUGUGUUUUUCUUCAGAAAAA